GGAGCAGGCAUUGGUUGAUUGAUCCCUUUUCCGAUAAAUAUUGAUUGAUCCAAGUAUUGCAAAUGCUGUUCCAGAGUCUGUUCUUCCGAGCUGAGAUGUAAUUAGGUGACUUAGGUGGGUUUGGUUGUGUGGUGUCGGAGGCAAUAUUGAUGCUAUGUUGUGAUGAAGACGACGGCAUAGAAGACUGUGGAUGAUCUGGAGAAAUUUGAGUUGAGUUUCUCGUGUCGUUGGAUUUGGAACUUUCUGUCGUGUAUUACCUUGACGGAAAGCAUUUGGGCGUUGAUAUGGCCGAUGAAGCCGCACUAGUGUGCAUAAGCUUGGAUCCAGAUUCAGUUCGGUGGAGCUGAUCGGAAAAAGGAUCCUUUAUGUUUUAAUCCGAUGAAGUGAGAACUCCUUCAGAUAGACAUUACGCAAUGUUGAGACUUCACCCGCCAAAGAAAGCGCCAGUCUAUUUCUCAUCCAUCUCAGAAAGAAUCUGCUCUUCCCUUUUAUCCUCAUUGUCACCGUCGCAUGCAUCCUGUUCGCAUUUCGUUGACACUUUGAUAAACAUGGAAAGCGUUCCCAAGGCGCUCGAAUUUUUCCAGUAUGUUUCCAAGCAAGUGGAUUUAUCCAAAAAUACUCAACUUUAUUCAGCCAUGAUUCAUAUAUUAACCGGUGCCAAAUUCUACACCAAGGCCAGGUGUUUGACAAAGGACCUCAUCCAAACUCUCCAAAUAUCCCGAAAAACUCGUGAUAUUGGUUCUUCAACUUUUGGCGUGCUCAAACGAUUUGAGAGAUCAAAGUUCACUCCUGCAGUGUUUGGGGUGUUAAUUAUGGCCUUCUCCCAAAUGGGUCUUGUUGAAGAAGCGUCCUGGGUGUACUACAAGAUCGGGAAAUUGCCAGCAGUGCAUGCUUGCAACUCACUGUUAGAUGGAUUACUUAAGAUGGGUAGAUUUGAUUCCAUGUGGGAACUUUAUGAAAACAUGCUAUCCAAUGGGUUUGGACCUAAUGUUGUCACAUAUAGCACUUUGAUUAAUGCUUGUUGCAACCAAGGCAACAUUCAUAAAGCACGCCAAAUAUUUGAUGAAAUGGUGGAGAAGAGGAUUUAUCCAACAGUUGUCACUUAUAGCAUCCUUAUCUGUGGUUUGUGUAAAGAAAGUAAUGUUGCAGAAGCUACUGAGAUGCUAAGGAUGAUGCAGCAAUCUGAUGUGCUACCGAAUCUCUACACUUACAAUGCACUACUGGAUGGGUACUGCAAAAUGAGUAGAGUGCAACAAGCACUAGAUUUGUACAAAGAAAUGCUUGUUGAUGGUUUACACCCAAAUAUUGUAACAUUUGGGAUCUUAAUCGAUGGGCUUUGCAAAGUGGGUGAAUUAGAGAAGUCCAGGAAGCUUUUUGUUGAUAUGGCCAAAUAUGGUAUUAUUCCAAAUAUAUUCAUCUACAACUCUCUCAUCACUUGCCGUUGUACAACUGGCAGAUUAUCUGAAGCCUUGGAUCUUUAUUCAGAGAUGUCAAAGAUAGGAAUUUGUCCUGAUGUUCUAACUUACAGUAUACUUUUAAAAGGUCUUUGUAUCACCGGAAGAUUACAAGAAGGGGAUGAUUUAUUCAACAAAAUGCAGCAAAAUGGCAUUGUUGCAAAUUCCGUGACAUACAAUACUCUGAUUGAUGGAUAUUGUAAAGACGGGAAUAUGGAGAAGGCUUUGAAGAUGUGUUCUGAAAUGACAGAAAAGGGUAUAGAGCCCAAUGUGAUCACCUUCUCCUCCUUGAUAGAUGGGUAUUGCAAGGAAGGUAACUUAGAGACUGCCAUGGGAUUAUACUCAGAAAUGGUGAUUAAAGGCAUUGCUCCUGAUGUGGUUGUCUAUACAUCUCUGAUUGAUGGACACUCUAAAAAUGGUAACUUCAAGGAGGCAUUCCGGUUGCAUAAAGAGAUGACAGAGGCUGGUCUCGACUCUAAUGUUUUCACAAUCAGUUGCCUGAUAGAUGGGUUGUGCAAGGAUGGGAGAACUCUUGAUGCCAUGAAACUUUUCUUGGAGAAAAUGGGAUCUGAUCCCAAGGGUGCUGAAACAGAGCACAUAGUGAGAAACUAUUACUCCCCAAAUCAUGUGACAUAUACAGCUUUGAUUCAUGGUCUGUGUAGGGAAGGACGGAUUUUGAAAGCCAGCAAGUUUUUCUCAGAUAUGAGAAGAUUUGGUUUGAUACCAGAUGUCAUCACUUACACAAUUGUUAUACAGGGGCUUUGCCAAGUCAAACAUAUAUGUGAUGUAAUGAUGUUGCAAGCUGAUAUGCUAAAGCUUGGUAUCAUGCCUAAUUCAGUUACAUAUCGUGUGCUGGCUAAUGGUUACUGGGAGAAUGGGGAUCACUUAUCAGCUCUCAAGAGUUCUGAGGCUGGUGACAAGAUGAAAGUAGGUGUGGGGUGUUUCGACUCAGAAGUAAUUUUAAAAGGUUCUUUUCUGGAUAAUAAUAACUGCAUUUUUUAUGUACAAAGCCACUGAGAAGCCCUUUGUACCUAUUACCUCAUUGGUUUUGCCAAUUUAUUCAUAAAUUUUUAUAUUAUAGUACUUGUUAAUUUUA